GUGUGCGGCUGCGAUCGCUAGCGCGGCGGCGGCUACAGGUCCGACUGGACGCGCCCGGGCGAUGCUGCUGGCGUCUGCGGCGCCGCUGGGGAGGCGAGGGGCGGCGCUGCUGCCGCCCCCGUGCCGCAGAGCCGACUCGGCCGCCUCCAGAGGCCGCGCCAUGCGCUGACGUCUCGGCCGGAUGCUGUGACCCACUUACGCAGCGUGACGGACCCUCCGCGAGUGCGUCGACGAGAUUCGCCUCUCCAUAUGUUACGACGCGCGCUCGACGCCCUCCGAAUCCUGCGAUCGCGCCUCAGUACACAACUUCUGAUAGACUGCUCAGAGCACUCCUCUACUCAGGACUGCCCUUUUCUGGAGAAACUGUGUACUUGUGCUAACAAUGACAAAGUUUCUCUUUCACUUGAUAAAAAACUCUGGAAGAUCGUUUCUAUCUGCAGUGCGUGUCCCGCGAGUGACUUUCGGAGCUUCCUGCGGCCCUCGAAGUGGUCAUACCAUACUUUUCCGUCGUUAGUCAUGAGAAAAUAUGUAGUCGUAUAUAUGUGAGACCGCAAAUGUACGUUAAUCGUCAAAGGUGAUUGGUUCGAAUGGAAUUUCAUACGGAAUCGAAGAUCUGCAGACUAUAGAGUUCUAGAAAAUGAGUGGCAGAAGUGGUUGGGAUGGACUUCUGUUGGCCCUCGCGCUUGUUACUUCGACAGGCCUCCUGGCAAAAGAGAUUCCCCUGCAGCAGGUGCACGUGUUGGCUGGAGGAGACGCCCGCUUGCCGUGUGACGUGUCCUCCAUGGAGAGCGGCGACGCGGCGCAGCUGGUGCUGUGGUACCGCGAGGACCUGGGCACGCCCGUAUACAGCAUGGACGCGCGCGGCGGGCAGCUGCAGCGGUGGUCGGACCAGGAGGUGCUGGACGGCCGCGCGCACUUCUGGGCCGACCGGAGGCCCGCAGAGCUGCUCAUCCGGCGCGCGCUCGCCUCCGACGCCGCCGUCUACCGCUGCCGCGUCGACUUCCGCGUCGCCCAGACCCGCAACUCCAGGGUCAACCUCACCGUCAUCGUGCCUCCGACGCGACUGUUGAUCGAGGACGACGCCGGCCACAGGUUCACCUCCGUAGCCGGGCCCUUCUCAGAGGGCGACACGCUGCACCUGCGAUGCAUCGCCUUCGGUGGGUCGCCACCGCCAACGGUGCAGUGGUUCCGCGAGGACGAGCCUCUGGGCACGUUGGGGGUGGUGCUGCCGGACGGGUCUGCUGUGCGUGCUGACGUCACUCUGGAGGGCCUCCAGCGGGCGGACCUCAACACGAGGCUCACCUGCCAAGCAGCCAACACGGAGCUCACCGCGCCCAUCGAGGACUCCGUGCUCGUCGACAUGAACCUGCGGCCCUUGGAUGUGCGUCUGCUGGGGGUGAGCCAGCCGCUGUCUGCCGGCCGCCGCUACGACCUGCUGUGCCAGUCCUCCGGGUCUCGACCACCAGCGCGCAUCACGUGGUGGCUCAACGGACAGCGCCAGCAACACAGUAAGCUCACGACGUCGGUGGACGGAAACACGACGACGUCGACUCUUUCUUUCGUGCCAAGCAAGGAGGACGACGGCCGCUUCCUCGCUUGCCAGGCUGAGAACCCAAACGUCUACACUGACGUGCCAGAAGAUGGCGCCAAGCUCACCAUUCACUACGCCCCUGAGGUGACGGUCAGCCUCGGCCCGUCGCUGGACCCAACGGACAUCCGUGAGGGCUCCGAUGUGUACUUCGACUGCCGCAUCAAGGCGCAGCCGCAGGCGUUCAGGGUGCAGUGGCUGCACAACGGCCACCUGCUGCGGCCGGGCGCGGGCGUGGUGCUGAGCAACCUGAGCCUGGUGCUGCAGGCGGUGGGCCGCGCCGCUAGGGGCAACUACACCUGCGUCGCCUUCAACGCUGAGGGCUCCGGCCAGAGCCGGCCCUUCCCCCUCGACGUGCUAUUGGGCCGCGGCGAGCGCGCCGACAUCCGCUGCGAGGUGGACGCCAACCCUCCGGCCGGCGCCUUCCGCUGGGCCUUCAACAGCUCCGGCGGCGGCGACGAGCUGGCGGGCUCCGCCAGCAUCUCCUACACGCCCCACACCGACCUCGACUACGGCCACCUGCUCUGCUGGGCCGCCAACAGGGUGGGCCGGCAGGCGGCCGCCUGCGUCUUCCACAUCGUGCCCGCAGGUCGCCCGGACAAGGUGCAGAACUGCACGGUGGGGAACGUGACGGCGCAUUCGCUGUCGCUCCGGUGCGCAGAAGGCUUCAGCGGCGGCCUGCCACAGUCAUUCCUGCUGGAGGUGCGCGAGGACGACUCGGGCGAGCUGCGCGCCAACCUGAGCGCCGGCGCGCCCACCUUCCACGUGCAGCAGCUGCGCGCCGGCGAGCUGCACCACCUCGCCGUCUUCGCGUACAACUCCAAGGGCCGCAGCGAGCCCGUCUUCCUCGCCGUCACCACCAUGGCGGCGCUCGAGCGCCAGCUCAAGGCCGGCCACCACGAGAGCGCGGGCGGCGGCUCGUCGCUGAUGGCGGUGUGGCUGGUGCUGGCCGUGCUUGCCUCCAUGGUCGUGAUGGGCGUCGGCAUCGCGCUCGUGACGCGGCUGCUGUGCCGCUCGCAGCGCCACGACCACCCGCCGGCGCUGGGUCCGCGUGGCGACAACGGGGGCGGCGGCGCGGGAGCGGGAGCGGUGGUGGCGCUGCCGGGCGCGCGGCCGCGCUGCGUCGACAAGGCGGUGGGCGGCGCGCCGCCCGCGGGGGCGGCCAAGCUCAUAGACCCCGGGGGGGCGGACGACCCCGACAUCAUCUCGCACGCCGCCUACCCAGAUUUCGGGACGCAGAGCGUCCACCUGCCGACAGUACGAUCGCCUCCGCCGGUCCAACUUCAGCGACGAAGGAGCGAAGACAUUUACAGGAGAACGCUGGAGGUGAUGUCACCGCACGCGCUGUCGUUGGCCACGUCGCGGACGUCGCUACACGCGCCAGCCUGUCGGCUCAGCGGGGCGGCCCUGGCCUGUUCUUCGGAGACCCUGCACGUGCGCGCCCACGAGAGCACCGUCUGAGCCAGCACCACCACCGCUCGAGGACGUCUGCGUCGGCGUCGGCGCUGCUGUCUCUCUGCAUCACCGGCUGCAGGCUGACGCCCAACACUAUAACCUCCUGCAACACGACAUCCAGUGCCGUGUUCACUGAGCAUAUCGCCAAGUCACAGGAAAUGAGUCGACACACUAAUUCUUACUUAUCAGACACUCAAAGCGAGACCAUUUUUGGCCAUAAAAUGAGUAUCUUCAGAAACCAUUAGUGCUAAGCAGCUUCUGGUAAACACAUUGUAAACGACAUGGGUUCUCGUAUGACAGGGUGUUCGGAAAUUUCCGUUAAAAAUUUGUAGCACUUGUAGGUUGGAAUGAGUACUUAAUAUUUACAAUAUGAACCCAUGUCCUUUCUACGACUGUUUCAGAUUUUUAACUCAUCAAUCUCUGCUUCAGGGCCGACCGGAAUCGCCGAGCGGUUCUAGCCGCUUCAGUCUGUAACCGCGCGACUGCUACGGUCGCAGGUUCGAAUUCUGCCUCGGGCAUGGAUGUGUGUGAUGCACUUAGGUUAUUUAGGUUUCCGUUGUUCUAAGUUCUAGGAGACUGAUGACCUCAAAAGUUAAGUCACAUAGUGCUCAGAGCCAUUUGAACCAUUUUUAACUGUAACACCUCACGAACGAGGCACCACGAAUUAGGCAUCAUGCGCUGCAACUGUUAGCUAACUAUUCGAAAGGAAGCUUAAUAAAACAUCCUUUUAUCGAUUAACCAUUAAUAAUUACACGCGACGUGUUUACACUAUUGCAAAACAAAAAUAGAGCGCAACAUACUGAACGUACAGAACAAUUCGUAACGGCAGCUCGAUGUGGCGACCACCGUCAUUGUUAUAGUCAAUGUACCUAAGAACCAUGUUCUGCUACACACUCUCCAUGCCACGCGGUGUCUCUUCAGUUCCUAGUGUAGCGGCCGGAACUCGUGCGAGCAGAACUUCCUCUGUCACUGUAGUACACCGUCGUCAGCCCACGAGUGGCGUCCCGGGACCAUCCGACCGCCGUGUCAUCCUCAGGGGACGAUGCGGAUAGGAGGGGCGUGGGGUCAGCACACCGCUCUCGCGGUCCUUAUGAUGGUAUUCUUGACUGACACCGCUACUAUUCGGUCGAACGGCUCCUCAAUUGGCAUCACGAGGUUGAGAGCACCCCGAUAAAUGUCAACGGCGCGUGGUGGCCUGGAUGGUCACCCAUCCUGCUGCCGACCACGCCCGACAGCGCUUAACUUCGGUGAUCUCACGGAAACAGGUGGAGCCACUUCGGCAAGGCCUCUGUCUCUGUAGUAGUAUCGUAAAUUAAACUUUGCAUACGGCGUUAAGUAACAUCAGGUGACCGUCUAACGUAAUACACACUUUGUGCCCCAUUGCAUACUUGGCCAAUCACCUCAGACUUUUCUCUUUCCCUCAGUAGACGUGGACGCCUAACGCACCUGAAUGGAAACCAUCGUACAACGGAAUCAGUAUGUUUCUGGAAAUGGAUUGCUAAUCGAAAUACUAUGCACUCACCCCCAUCUACAGGUCCAAGAAGUUUGUAGCGGGAAUAUCAGAACACCCUGUUUUGUUGGAAACAAAAAAGGCUUGGUGUACUCUCUGUAAAAUCCCGCUUCCGUCUGGAUGGUUAAUAUUCACACACAUUGGCUCCCUUUACGUAACUCAAUACUGUUGCAGGUACAAUAAGAACUGCAGAGUCACGUUCUAUGAUAUAUCAGAAUCGCUGCAGGCAGUAAUUCAGUCAGAACGCGUCUGGAUGGUUCACACACAGUCGCUCACCCUAAUUCACUUACUACUGUUGUAGUUACAAUGAGAACUUUGGGUUCACGUUCGGUAAUAUGUCACAGACGUAUCAAGUAGUAAUUCAGUGAGAACGAGUAACGUACCUAUUACCUGUUUUAGUGGUGACGGGGUGAUAGCAUAUUAGUUGGUCUCGAAUGAAUAAACAAUUUUGGGAUUUCACGAAAAAAACCUCUAUGUACAUUUGUUGCUAGUGAGUGUACAUUACAUUUCUAUUUUUCUUCAGACUAAUGCCGAAUUAACACCUCUUUUUUAUUCUAGGGUGGAGGGAGAGAGGACCCUCACAUUCCAGAAAGAUAAAAGUUGAAAUUUUACUGAAAAAUACAUUAGUCUGCUUAUUAUACCCCAAGACGUCUAGUCCUGGACUUAUGCCUCUUCCAAAGACUUCCAUGCCGAUAUUUGGUAGACGGUCUGGAUCCAGUUCUAUUCAGCUUAUCAUUGAAGGUCGUCGGUGGCUCGUCAUAGAUCGCCCGAAACUUCUCUUUGACACCCUCGAGUAACUUUACCUUAUUGUUUUGGUCCAUUUGAAGUUGUUGCUGGCCAAGUGUCCCGCGCAACACGAAGGGAGUCUUAGCGUUGAAAUUUUUAGUUGUUUUUUCAUAAUUAUACCGCCCUACACCCAACUGGCAUUUUUUCUCAGCCCUGAAAUGUACUGCUAGUAAUGGUACAUCUCACACAAAGCGUUAUAUGCCUAAAACUAUCACCCAAACAGUUACAACUUAAGAAAAUAACUUGAACCUUGCACAUGUUAAAUACAAUAAUGGUAGAAGAAUGAGUUUUUGACUAAAUUUACAUAAAUUUCCUUCAUGGACAUUUAAAAAUCUGACUAGUGCCCAUGAAAAGAAAAUGCUGCGUACUUAAAAACCGAAAUCAGUAACUAGAAGAACGUUUCUUGAGUGAAUGAAUGAGAAUUUUAAACUGAACUAAAUUUUUUUCAUGAAACCGUAUUAACUUCUUACUCGAUCUGUAUGAAAAAUCCCAUUACGGCCGUGUUGAUUGAAGUGUAACUACUGUCUUACAACUUUCCCUGUAGCAUACUACAAUUUGCUACCUGUUGUUCAUUCACUUUAAGUUGGAGUAAAAAGCUCCAAGUCGUUCCACUGCAGAAAUCUUCAUAAGGUAAUUUGAUUUCGAAAAUAUAGGAAGCGAUAUACCUUAAAGUAAAUUUAUCUUUACAUAAAUUUCAUAUUAUUUGCUUUGAACAUUUUGCGUGCUUGGUGCCGCAACAAGUUUGAAAGGAAAGCUUAAAUUUUCGGCAUUUCUGUUUCGGUUUAGUUCACAAAAUUGUAAACGAUUUUUCUCAAACCAUACAAGCGCUGAUAAACACAUCGUCAAGCGUCAAUAACACACACACAGGAACCACAAAGGUCGACGUCUUUCGUACAAGCGGUUACGUGUCUGAAGUUCAUGAACCAUAGUAAACGUGUAAAGGCGCUAUGUCAGAUUCUUGUUGAAAUAUAUCGAUAUUGUUGUAGGGAAGCUGGCUGUAAAUUCUCUGGCUCGUAAAGAUAGGUUUAAAUCAAUCGCCAACCAUUUCUUAACCCGUUUGUACGUGCUGUGAUUAAUUGCUUUAUAAAUUAUUCGUGACGGUCUUACCACUUUAUUUCUGCAGUGGUCUUUUCUAUGUCAUUACAUGUUCAUAACGAUAAUGUCGAACGAAUUACAUCUCUGGAAACUAUAACUUACUUUAAUUACCAUUAUAAGUUUUUUCUUUUAAUUAUGAGGUUACUCAUUACUGUUUAGUGAAAGCUCCCUUCUUACAUCAAUGUGAAGGUUAUUGAUAAUGGAGAUAUGUCUCUAAAUUUUGUAAAAACUUCAACAAGUUACAAAUUCUACGAAUAGAAAAUCUGUGGAGAUAUACAUCAAAACGUUAAUAAAUCUCAGACCCUUUUAUAAGUCUACUCAGUCCGUGUUUUCGGAAAGUUAGCGAUACUCUAAAUACGUGUGUCCACGCUGGUGAAAAUAUCUCUCAAAUAAUAUUGUGUUAUGCAUGAAAUUCCUUUUAUAUACAGUAUCACAUGAAACACUGGUAUCUCUUGUGUGGCACACAUAAUGAGCAACCGGCGACAGCACUUAAUUUAGAUAUAAAUAAAAUGGUGGGUUGUUGGCUUUAUACACGGUUAAUUGUAGUACACAUAUCUGUUAUUUUCGACAAAAGGAAAGAAAGAGAGUACAAGCUCUUACACGUUAAAAGCAGGAUAGAAGUCAAUAGAUUAGGACAUAGGAACACUUUUGUUCUGUUUUGUGGUGGGUGUAUCUUUUUAAUCCGUUUCUCUUAUUUUACACUAAUUCUGUUUCAUCUGAUUUAACACAAUUUGUUUCUCCUGACAGCGUUUGAAAAACUGGUUGUACUCUCAGUGUAUUACUCUGUAACCGGGCGUUUGCCGGCGCGCAGAAAUAUUGUAACAUGAACCAUUAUGAUAACAAUAAGUGAAAACUUUGAUACCUACCGGAGCUGUGUGAAGUGAUUAA